AGCAGAUGCAGCUCUCCACGGAUCACAAGACCUUCACCAUCCUCAUUGUCCAACGGGAGGACUCCGGGGCUUAUCAGUGUGAAGUCGUGGGUCUCCUUCAGGUCCUGAGCAGCGACCCCACCUUCCUGGAUGUGGUCUGUGAGUCCCUCUGCUUUCUCUGCAGCCUCUCACUAAUACCCACUUCCUUGGUGAUCUCAUUCAGUCUGGUAGCUUUAAAUACCAUCCAAAUGCAGACAUGUCUACCCCCAAGCUCAAGACAUAUAGCUCUUUGUUUGACAUCUCUACUUGGAUUCUCCUGGGCACUUCUAACUUAAUGUAUCUAAAACUGAUCUUCUGAGAUUCCUAGGCAUCGGUUGAUCCAAAAUCUUUCCUGGGGAGGGGUGGCAAAGAGCACUAGCCUCCAUACUUUGGUUUCAUCUUCCAAAUUCUGCUUUAUCCAGGGAGAAUAAGGCUGACAUUUGAGUCUCCAUUAGAUUCCUGCCCCUCCCUUGUAACUGAUCCAGAGCUUGUGUGGGGAGGAGGGAAAUAACUAGCAUCUAUCAACUCCCUAAGGUCCCUAUCAAAGCUGUGGCUGGUAUUAUUGUUAUAGCUCUGAUUGUUCCUGUUCUCCCAGAUGGUCCUGAUCCCAUUGAAAUCAAGUUGGAGACCGGCAGACGAAACGGGGAGGUGGUUGAGGUGUUGGAGAACUCCACUGUGAAUUUCUGGGUGGAGACACAGUCUCACCCACUCCCUGACUAUUACUGGUUUCUCCCCAAUGUCUCCAUCUUACCUUCCACCACGAGCACGUUCGCCAUCUAUGCCGUGUCCAGGGAACACAAGGGUGUGUACAAAUGCUUGAUGUUCAGCAGUGUCACCCAGAUAUCCCGUGUGGGUGCUGUUAAACUCAAGGUCUUUGGUCCCCGGUCUUCCCUGUCUGCAGGGGCCAUUGUGGGCAUUGCCACCGGGAUCCUGGCCGUGAUUGCUCUGGCCACAGGGCUGGGCUAUUUCCUCUUCAGCAGAGAUGCCAGAUGGCCCUUGAGGGAAACAGCAGCAACCCCCAUCCAUGAGACCACAAGACCGCCUUCUGAGAAGGCGCAUCCUACAGAGGCCACUUCGGGCUGGCCAAGGCCUGUGUAUGACAAUGUGCCUGAGCUCCAAGGACAGGUCCGAGCCAAAGAGAUGCUGCCACCAUUUCCCCCAGAGCAAUUCUAUGAGGCACUUGUGAAUCCAGAGUCUGAGAUUUACUGCUGGAUCAACCCCUCAGUCUAAUGGAAGUAGAGAUCCUUUCUCCUCAAAUCCUAGAGAAAUCAUGUUCAAUCAUAUAGUCAAUGAUGUUCACUGAGUGCAUCUUAUAUUCCAGCCUUUCUCUGCCACCUUUGUAGACCUUGGGAUGUUCUGUUUCAGUGUGUUUUUCCAGGCUCUGGGCCCCAGCCCUCUCCAAAUAUUUAUGUUUCUUGAAAAGCAAAAGAAAUAGGGUGAAAAUGGUUGUCUUUUGACCUAGAAUUAAAGGUCUAAGGUUCAAGACUCAGCAAUUGGGCAUGCCAUAGCUACAUCUACAUGGAUGGGCGACACGGUGGCAGGGAGAAGUGUGAGUCCAAGUCAGCCAGAGGUGAGCAGGGGAAGUAUCCCAAGGCCAGACAAACAGUGGCUUUUCAAAUCAUGUAGAAGAUAAGGAACAAGGAGCUCUUGAGAAAUGACAGGAGAAAGCAUGGAAUGAAGCAGGGUUGUGGCUCCUGGAGAGGGACGGGCAUGAGAAGCUUAGAACCCCAAGGAUCCAGGCAACAGUAUCAGGAAAGGAGCCCUUCCUGGGCCGUCUCUGAACACUUCAAGGGGACCUUGUAGAGGCAAAGCAUCACAUGCCCCGUGUUCCAUUUGUUAGCCACCCUUCAACCCUGUUUCAGUUUGCUAAAGCUGCUGGAAUGCAAUAUUCCAGAAAUGGGUUGGCUUUCUCAAUAGGGAUUUAUUACGUUACAAUUUUACACUUCUAAGACCAUGAAAAUGUUAAAAUAAAGGCAUCAAGAGGAAGAUGCCUUCUCUGAGUAAAGGCUGCUGGCAUCUGGGGUUCCUCUGUCACAUGGAAGGCACAUGGUGAUGUCUGCUGGUCCUU